AUGGUUCGAUCAACACGAAAACCUGUCUCUCCCGCUGAGCUCAAUGCAUUCGUUUUGAAUGCAUAUCCUGAAGACAACCUUGAGACUGCAGUUCAAAAGUAUGUCAUCGAGAAUUGGAUAAAAUGGGCAAAAUUCAAGAUGAAUGGUGUUCGAUAUAUUAUUGCGGAAGAUAUUCUGUACUUUCGAGACAAAGGUCUCUGUAUUACCAAGCUCCUCGAGGGGGAGACAAAUGACAGGAAUCGAUUUCGAUCAGCGGGAGAUCGGUCGUAUGGCCAAGGCCAAAGAAGCUGCUCGGAAAGUCUUGAAACACAAGAGCGAAGACCAGUGGAAUACAUUCUAGAUAAUAUCUUCAAACACGCUCUAGUCGCGCUUCCUGGAACUGUAGUUUCCCCAAAUCUUUUGGCCACUAACCGGAAGAAGAGAUAUAUCGAGCCAAGUCACAAGAUCAACGUCAUUGGGCAAGACUUCGAGCCCUACUACUCUGAUAAUGGCCAUCGACCAUUGCCAUAUAAUCCUGCAUACUUCGACAAUUCUCACGUAUCCUUCAAACGAAGGACUCUCCGUGAUAAGAAAGGAAAAGAAUUCUUCGUCCACAGAUCGAUGCAACAAUCCUUCGAACCUGCAAACUUUUACACGAAGUCGGAUCCAUAUUGCUAUAUCGACAAAACACAUUUUGUUUUGGCAUGGCAAGUGAAACCACGGAAAAGAGUUCCCCCUCAUGGACUGGAAAAUGGGCAUUUAGACCAGAACCAAGCAAAGUUAGGAUCAACAAAAUCUCAAUUUCCAAAGCCAUCCAGCAACUUCAAGGCAAAUCCAUCGUCACAUAAAUUCCGGGAUGGUGCUACUAUGAUCCCUUCAUUCGUUUUCUUUACCACGCUCGGAUACAAGUUACGAUUCGAAGGAACGAUCAAAGCCCACGAGUGCAGCAGAAACACAUGCAGGCUUCAGUGUGACGAUGCCUUCAUCACAAGCAUGAAAUGUUACAUAUCGCUCAUCAACACGUUCUGCUCCGGUCUACAUGAGUUAACGUUAGAAGUGCACGUUGAUCAUUGGGGAGCUCUACCCUCUCCAGCUGGACGACAAGUCGAAUUCAACGAGAUCUUCGCACAAUUUCUUAAGAAUGACAUUAGGGAAUUGAAGAUUGUUCGAGUUCUUCAAGUCGUGGCUGCGAAACCGCCGAGCGACCAUUAUCAAAAAGCUGACGUUAGUAUUGCGAGAGAUACUAUACAAUGGUUCGAAGAACGAGAGACUGCUCGGGUGUAG